AGAGAGAAGAAUAUGGCAGUUGACUUGAUGCUGGAUAACCUGAAACAGCUGUUGAUGAAGGUGGAGCAACGAGGGUCAAGAACCAAAUUUCAGACGACUGCGUAUACUUGGAAUCUUCGACUGCAACACAUCGUUUGAGGGAUGGCUUAUGCUGCAGUCCUUUCUCUUAAGCAAACGCUACACUCCCUCCUUAACCAAACAGAGCUUCCACUCCCGACCUCUACCUUAAUGCAAUUGCUGCGAACGGUGAAGUCAGUACAACGACUUCUGAAAACACCAGACGACCGCGGUGGCAGCAAGAGGUUGGAGGAGCUAAUCCGAGAUGAAGCACAUAAACUUGAGGAUACUUUGGAAUUAACUGAUUACCAAAAUCUCUCUACUGGAAGUCUUGGAAAAGAGGUCGAAUUGUUUAUUGCCACGGUGAAGGAGUUGGAAGGGGAUUAUGUUAAAGAAGUACCAGCCACCCCUUCAUUGUCUACUGCUGCUGCUUCAACUACUGAUUUUAGUUCUAAGAUGGUUGGAUUAUGUGAUGAAUUUGCAAAUAUCAAAAAAGAGGUGCUUAGUCGCAUGAGACCGGAUGAUUUUGGCGUUUUCUCGCUGGUUGGGGCAGGCGGCGGGACAGGAAGGACUGUUGCUGCCAGGAAUGUUUUUGAUGAUUUAUGUGCUGAGGCUUUUGAGUGCGGUGGUUGGGCUAGCGUUGGCCCAAAUAAUGGAAACAAGGACAUCCUCUUGAGCAUUGUUGCUCAAGUCCAUCCUGAUGUAUACGAGUUACUUGUUGCGGAAGGUGAAGACGAGAUAGCAGAAUAUCUAUACACAUCAUUGAUGGGUCGUAGAUAUAUGAUUGUGCUUGAUGAUAUAUGCACUGUGGAGGUUUGGGAGUGUUUAAGGAAGUCAUUUCCGGAGCAAGAUAAUGGCAGCCUAAUCUUGAUUACAACCUCUCUAUAUGAAGUAGCUGUAUCUGCUGAGAGUUUUUACAUAUAUGAAAUGGCCUCGUUGUUGAAUGUGGACUACUGUUGGCUUUUCAUUUGCACAUCAUUAUUGCUUGGUUCGAGCCCUGAUGACUUUCCGGAACUUGAGGAAGCUGGAAUGAAGAUUGCUGAGAAUUGUCGAUGCCUUCGCCUCGUGCUUGCCAAGGUUGUACUGUUCUUACUGAAAGUUGAGAAGACGCCGGAGGCAUGGAAUAAGCUUGCUGCAGAUUCACAAAACUCCCUAUUCAUGGUUGAUGAUGAGUUAUUGGAGAUUUCUAAAAUCAAAGAAGACUUAUGCAAUUUGGAUGAUGAAAGCUUCAUCUUUGGAUUGUUGCAAGUGACAACAUUACCAUUACUAACCCAAAAGUUGAAGUCUCAGAUGUUUCCACAAAGACCGAUUCCCAAAAUGGAAAUUAUGACGUUCUUCGGAAUGGCUGGUAUUGGCAAGACUCACCUCAUCAAAAGAGUUAUUGAAGAGCAAUCUCCAUUACAUCGCUUUGACUAUUGUGUGUGGAUUACUUUAGGCCCAAAAUAUCAGUCGGAAGAUAUAUUGGUCGAUAUUCUUGCACAAAUAUAUCUGGAGUUUAGUAAAAUGGAUAUUAAAGCAGAUGAGAAAUUAACUCAAGAUUUGUGCAUACGGUUAUCUCAUAAGCAAUGCCUUAUCGUUUUGGACGAUGUAUGGUACAAAGAGCCCUUGCUUCUCUUUGUAAAGAUGUUUCAAUACAUCAAGGGUAGAACCUUGGUGACAACUAGGUUAGCAGAGGUGGCAGAACUGGGCAAGAUUCACAAAAUGCGGUUGUUAAAUAAAGAAGAAAGCUGGUCUCUUUUUUGUAAUAAAGUGUUUGGUGAAGAAUCUUGUCCUACUCAGCUAAAGAAAGUUGGAAAGAUAAUCACUGAGAACUGUGAAGGUCUUCCUCUUCUGAUCCUUGCAGUUGCUGGCCUUCUGUCCAAAGCAGACAAGACUUUGGAGUUCUGGAAUAAGGUAGCAGAGAAGAAAAACUGUGUGUUCAGGCAAGCGCAUGAUGAAACAUCCAAGGUGCUACUUCCAAGCUGUGAGCGGUUAGAUCACAAUUUAAAAGCAUGCUUUCUCUACAUGGGAAUUUUCUCUGAAAACUAUGAGAUCUCAACCUCCAAGUUCAUCAACCUUUGUAUCGCUGAGGAGUUUCUUGAACCAGAUGCUCCCCUAGAGAUACGAGAUUUUGCUGCACAAUGUAUAUCAGAGCUUGUAGAUAGAAGCCUUGUUAUGGCUUGCAAGGAGGGCUCUAAUUUCGGAAUUAAGACUUUCCGCCUCCAUCCUGUGUUUUGGUAUCUAUGCAACAGUGAAGCUGCGAAGAGCAAGGUAUUCCAUGCACUGAAUAAGUAUGCAGAUAUUGAUUCAGAUGGCAUGAAAAAUCCGCGCAGAUUGUGCAUUCGCAACAACAUGAUAUUGGGGUUGAGAGAAAUCCAAGACUCUAUCCAUGCCCUUUCAACCACUCGUUCUCUGUUAUGCGUUGGUCCACAACAUCAGUACCAUGUUCCAAUAUGUUUACCUACAAAGCUGCUAAGGGUACUGAAUGCUCUUCCCAUCCAUUUGUACGAGUUCCCAAUUGAAGCAACAGAGCUCCACGGUCUUAGGUACCUUGCGCUCACUUGUAAUGGUGACCUCCCGUGCACCAUAUCCAAACUUUUGAACAUUCGAUUCUUGAUUGUGAAUCAACAUCUGAGAAUCAAAUCCUCUCAUGACUCGUCUUAUCUGCCUAUGGAAAUCUGGGAUACGAAGCGAUUGGAACACCUACAUGUCAUGGGAAGAGAUUUGCCUAAUCCCAAUGAUACUGCUCUACUACCAAACCUUUCAGUACUCCUAGAUGUGGGUGUUGGAACUAUUACCAAGACUGUUCUUGAGAAAACUCCUAAUCUAAAAAGGCUAGGCAUUCGAAUUGAGUUGGCGCCCGAUGAGAACAUUGUGGAUUCCCUCCACUGCUUGAAUCUCAUAUCUUGUCUUGAAAAACUAGAAUCACUUAAAUGUGAGGUGAUGAAUCCAGAGCUGGGGACGGAGGUUGCUCCCCGGCCUGCACCUCGUACAAUGUUCCCAUCUGUUCUGAAGAAGUUGAGUUUGAAGGGGAUUGGAUAUCCGUGGGAAUACAUGAGAAUAAUUGGUAGACUUCCGAAUCUUGAGGUGCUCAAGUUGAAAUGCUACGCAUUUAGAGGAGCAGAGUGGGAAACGGAUACUGAUAGUUUCAACAAGCUCAAGUUUCUGCUGAUCGAAGAUACUGAUCUGGUGAGGUGGAGGAACAAAUAUCCAUGCUUCAUGCAGCUGGAGUGUGUGAGGAUCAAGCAUUGCUAUGAGCUAGAAGCGUACCCAAUAUUUCAUAGCGUGAAGCUUAAACUGAUUCAAGUGGUGGACUGCUACAGUGAUGAUUUGUCGCGGCUAAUUGACAACGACUUCAGAAGGCCAACUGGUGCGGCGGAGAUACUCAAAUAUUCUUUCCACUCUACGUGGGAUCCCCGUCGUAAUUUUAUUGUCUGAAUGCCGUCUUGUUUUUCUGUAGCUUGUUCACGUUUUCCAGAUUUUGUAAACUAAAUAUUUAAAAUGGCUAAGAGCUCUCUAUUCUGUUCA